AUUCAAGCAUCGGAUAUGUCCGAACAACCUCUGCACCCAGGAAUCAUCUGCGCCAUUGCUCUGAUUCCUACUAUUUUAGUUGUAAUUAUUGCUGGGACGAUUUUGAAGGGGUUUGAUCUCCUCCCAAAUCUCUGUGCCUGUCCAAAAUUACGACGCCAAAAACGUCUACAGCAAACUCAAGUUAGCCUCGUAGAUCCCGCAGGAGGUAGCUUCACAACUAUCGAGAGCAAUUUUAUCGGCCAAGCAAGGAACGAGUCCAGUUCAACCAUUACCCCACCGCCACCUGUUCAUCAUGCGAGAACAUCAGUCGUCAAGCACGGAUAUCCCUUUACCGUUGCGCGUAAUCAAGAAGGGAAAGUCAAUGCAGGUCCUCAGAAGUCCAAGGAUAUUCAGCAACGAAAGUCUUGAGAGUGGUCCUGACCAACCGUUGACGAUUGUGAAGAAUCGGAAAUCCCAGAGAAAAGCAAAUGUGAAGAGAAGGCAGAGUAGUGUCAAUACCUCGCUUUCUGGUCAUGGCUUCAAGGGGCAGGCACGAAACGUCACUGGGGAUUCAGUCUCGAGUGAUACUUGGGAUCUCGCGACCCCCAAACCUAGAAAGCUUCCAGUAUGCCGUCGCUCGCCAAGCUUACAUGUUACACGCCCACUGUCUCCUACGUUUCUCACGAAGUUGCGAUCGCUAUCUAUUCGUAGAAGGCCGUCUUCUAAAACUACUCAUCACCGUGAUUCGCGAGUUCUAAGCGGCUCUUCAGAUGAGUCAGUAUUCAAAUCGUCUAAUGAGCCUAUGAUGACCACUACAUGGGAACAAUCUUCAAAUUCCGGAUUUUCAGAACCACGGUCGUUUGAAGAGUCCUCAACACAUCGUUUGAGCAGUGGUAAUACUUUGGUGGAUAUUCAGACUCCGGAUCCUGUCCCUGAUCCAUAUAUGCUUAUCCCGCAUGUUUCAAUCACACCGGAAUCGAAAAGUCUUAAUGAUGGGCAAUCAGGCAUUUGGACGGCGGUUGAGAUAUCUGGUCAAUUAUUUCACCCCCGUACCUGCAAUUCAACACAUGACUUAGCAUAUUCUACCGCCGAUCAAGCUCCUUUCCUCCCCGCUCACCAUGGUGAUACCGGAUUAUCGAGAUAUGGAUAUCUAUAUAACGUAAGGGUAGACAUUUUACCUGCAACCGGAGGUAGUAUAAUAAAUCUGAUGGGCGAUACUGUAAUAAGGACAAUGAGUCCUGGCUCUAGCCUCCUCAUACUAGUUUGCAUCCAACCAGGAGCUUCGAAAUUCCAAAAGUCUAAAACAUCCAAAUGUGACUCAGAUAAUCUCAUUGCUGACCUUGAACUUGAGCUGGGGGAUGUUCGAAUAGAAUACAUUCAUGUCCGGGUUAACUAUUGCCAUUCAGGAUUCCCGGCAUUUAGAAGCACUCUUAUCGAAGACGGCAUCACCAAUUAUCAAACCCGGUUAGAGACAACAGCUACUGGGACUAUAAAUCGAUACAACCCAGCUUCUGCGUGGUCCCCCAGACAGACCCGUAUGCCCAACCACUUGUUCACUAUAAUUGCCUCCCACUGGGGUCCAACUCGGGCUGGCGAAGUCAUGCAAAGAAUCGUAUCAAACCGGGCUAAUUCCUGUCUGAUACCAAAAUGGGCGAGUAUGGGUGUCUCUCAAAUUGACAGGAUUGAUGAUACAAUCAAAUUGCCCGACCGAACAGGAAGAGCUCCUCCUAUACCCCAACGGCAGGCUAGUCUCAGGCAGUUGCCCCCGGAGAAAAUCUCGGACCCGGCCAGAAAGAUCUGGACGGAGCUACGAAGGACAUCUUCAGGUAAUCGCCCGGCCUUCCACGUGAGCAAGGCUAAUCGACUUCCUGCGGCUACGACGUUCGUCGAUGCGCCUAACCCCGGACCAAAAUCUCGCCCGGAGCCAACGCGAUCAGAGUCCAAGUCAGAUGUCCAACGGCAGCGGGAACUAAUACGGGAGACAGCAGUGCGCAAUAGGAGGUCUAUAGGUGCCGAUAGUUUAAAGAGUUUAGUGCCAUCAGUUGCAGGAUCAACGCCUGAAGGUAAGGAGAACAGUGUUUCUAGUUCCCCAAGCCCAUGUGGGGGGCGAGGCUUCCAGUUUGAUGGGCGAAAGCGGGAAGGACGUUGGAGUUUGGGGAGUUGGUGGUAAUGAGUUAAGUAAACUAGACUCAUAAAAUCCGGUUUAGACAACAGGAGUAAUGGCAGAGUUUUCAUUAGAUAGUCUACAUAGCAAGUAUAUUCGUUGG